AUGUCCGGGGCCCCGGUGCGGGUGCUGCUGCUGGGGCCGGUGCCGUACGCGGAGGCGCUGCGGGUGCAGGAGCGCUGCGUGGCGGCGGCGCGGGCGGCGCGGGGUCCGACCCCCGGCCCCGGGACCCGGGCGGUGCGGGGCCCGGCCGCGCUCCCCGGUGACAGCGCGGUGCGGGGCGGUCCCGGCGCGGUGCCCGCGGAGAGCGUGGUGCUGAGCGAGCCGGCUCACCCCGUGUACACGUGGGGCUUGCGGGGCGCGCCGGACGCGGCGGCGGCGGCGGCGCUGCGGGCGCGGGGCGCGGGGCUGGUGGCGGCGCGGCGCGGCGGCCACAUCACGUUCCACGGCCCCGGGCAGCUCCUCGCCUUCCCCGUGCUCGACCUGCGCCGCCGCCGCCUCCCGCUCCGCGGGUACGUGGCCGGGCUGGAGGCGCUGGUGGUGCGGCUCUGCCGCCGGCUCGGCCUGGGAGCCGCCCGCGCCCUCCCGCCGCCCUUCACCGGAGUGUGGAUGGGCGACAGCAAGUUGUGUGCCAUCGGUGUGCAUUGUGGCAACCACAUCACCUCUCAUGGACUGGCACUGAACUGCUGCACCGACCUCACCUGGUUUGACCACAUCGUCCCCUGUGGGCUGGAGGGGAAGGGUGUCACCUCGCUGAGCCACGAGCUAGGGCGGCAUAUCACCGUCGACCAUGUCCUGGAGCCCUUCUUUGACUCCUUCCAGGAGGUAUUUGACUGCACUUUGGACUUCUCAGAAGACCCUGGGAACUAGGACUGUCGUGGUGCCUUUGCCUGGUGUUUUGGCAGAGUCACGGCACAGCUGAUGGACAUCGUGACCGUUGCCUGGGGCUGGCUUUGUUGUGAGACGAGAGCUCUUGUGCCUUUGCCUGUAGACUGUGCCUGGACAAGUGGCACAGAGGUUUAGGCUGUUGCUUAAACAUCCAAACGGCCCCCAGGACUCCAUCCUUCAGCUGAGUCCUCCAAGGGCAUCACAUCCCUGUGUCACUUGCUGGGGAAAUACCCAAUAGGUGCUUUUGUGGUUUUUUUUCUGCUGCUCUCCCUGCAAAAAUCCCAAAAUGGGUGAACACUCAUGUGCCCUUUGGAUUAGAGGAGGAGAGACUGGUGGGUCGGGCAUCCUUCCCUUGCUGAUGGGUAAAAAGAGGCCGAUUUUAUAUAAAGAGAGUUGCUGGGAACUUUUCCUGCCAAUC